CGGGAGGACGGGAGCUUUCUUCCCUCCUGAGCUUUGCACGGGCCGGGGCACACAGUAGGAGCUUCGCAUGUGCCUGCCUGGCUGGUCCAGCUGGGCUUCUCCUGGGCUCUACUGAGUGGUCCUCGUGCACCACAGCCGUGGUCAGACCUCAGGAAGGGAUUGCACAGGCACCUCCCACGUGCAUGGGCAGGGAUGCUGGUGUCCCCCCAGUCCCCAGGAGCCCGGGGGACGUCUCAGGCCCAGAGAAAGUCCAGGCCUCCCCACCCCGGCCUUUCUGCCAUGCGCCUGGGCCGUGGCUGUCCCGUGGCAGCUGGGGUGGGGUCCCCCUUCGCCCGGGCAGGGCCCCCUAUCUAAUCAACCUGAGGAUCAAGGUUGACACGCCAGAGAGCCUGGCGUCUGAGUCAUCGGCUGCCCCAGGAGCCCCGUCCUCUGGCCGGACGGCAGCAACUGCGUUUGGAGGUGGACCAUGGCUCAUCCCCUUCUGCCCUGUGCUCGCCCCAGAGCUGGCUGUGGGUCCCCAGGGCUCAGUAUAAGCUGGUGAUGGGAGAGACCCGUGUUCACAUCCCAGUUCUGGCUAUUUCUGCCCAGCCUGGUGCUCCUGGCCUCCCUGGCUUCUCUGCAAAAUGCAGGCGGCAAAAUUUCAUGGUGUGUGCAGAGAAAGAAAUGUAAUGAUGUGUAAAAGCACUGAGCCAGGAAGCAAGCUCAGGGCUGUCUCGGCCCGGCCCCUGUGGCGGGGAGCUUGGGGGACCCUGAGGCUGGCGAUCCUGGGCGGGUGCAGGGCAGAGGGGCCGGACGCCCGAGUUAAUUGUUACACCAGGUCCAGAGUCUGCCCUCCUGGAAGGCGGGGAGAGAGGGGGUGGGAUGGCAACCAGCUAGGGCAAAGGGAAGGGCGCUCGAGUCUGGGCCUGCCCCGCCCCCAGGUCCACCUGCUCCCUUAUCAGGGGCGAGGCAGGGCCUCCCCUGACUCUGAGCGGACUGCACCCUCCAGCACGCUGCGUGCCGGCUCCUCCAGGCCAUGGGGACCCUGGAGACCUUUCUCCUGCUCGGCGCCCUGUUCCUGUCGCCGGCUGAGGCCCAGCAGGUCUCAGAGCGUCACCUGAAACCCUGGCUGGUGGGCCUGGCUGCGGUCGUGGGGUUCCUGUUCAUCGUCUUUGUCCUCCUGCUGGCCCACCGCAUCUGGUGCUCCAAAGCCAGAGCUGAGGAUGAAGAGAAGUCUGCACUCAGAACUCAUCCCAACCCAAAUCCCAGCCUGUACGAGGAAGUGGAACUGAGUAAAGAAGACAAGAAGGGGAAGAAAGGGGAGAAAAAGGCCAAGAAGGAGAAAAAGGCCGAGAAGGAAGGAGAGAGCAACUUGGGGCUGGAGGAGAAACAGGAGCCCAGGUACCAGGACAAUGUCAAGAAGACGGCCAUGUGAAGAUUCCUCAGCCACCUCCUCCAGGCAGCCCCCCAGAGAUGCCCCCUCCACACCCUAGAAGCAAUGACCUGAAUCCAAAGCCUUUGCAGUGACUCCAUCUGGGGUUGAGGGUACAGCGCCCUGAAUGAAGAGGCUUGGGACCCCCUCCCCCCUCAAGGAGGGUUCUUUGUGCCUUACGUGGUCUAGAUGUGUUAUGAUUUGUUCUGCCUGGUGAUGCUUCUCGCAUUUGAAGAGCAUUCCUGGUUACUGAGAAAACCCCAACCCCCGCGGCUGCAUGGCUCCACCUACUU